AUGGGCCGCGACCCGCAUUGCAAAGCGGAAAAUCAAGAAUGGUCAAGCGACCGGAGGUUCGACCCUAGUCAACGCUACGCGGACGAUGUGGACCUUGCACUUGUGGAGGAUUCCAAUUUUGAUGACGCAUGGACAUACGUGGCAUGUGAUGAGGAUGAGCCUUGCCGAGAUUGCGGCCGUUUGGCACCGCACCUGGACUGUUUAGUUAUUGCAGUUGAUGGCGCUUGCCGGCAGAAUGGCAAAAGCACAGCUGUUGCGUCAAUUGGCGUAUUCGUUCAUGGGAAUUCGAGCCACAACUCCAGCAGGCUACUACAUAAGCCCAAGGUUACCAACCAACUCGCAGAGCUAUGGGCUGGUGUUGAAGCGCUUCAGUUGGCGAUUAGAAUACGAGAUGAAGGGAUGAUUGAAUACCCUCUUCGACAGGCAGUAAUCAAGGCUGAUUCAGAAUACUUCGUGAGAGGGAUGACGGAAUGGAUAUUCAAGGUGGGAAAGAAAUGGCUUCAGAAACUCAAAGGGAAAACCGUUAGAAAAUUCAUCGGUGUUCCAAGUUCUGCAGAUGCUUGUUACAAAGCUGAAUGGAAUGGGGGUUGA